GGUGUACCUACCUUACCUUACGUACAUGGUCCGCACCCAACAGCGCAUGCACACGCCAGACGCACCCGCGCGGGACUCGCUAAACGUUUGGCCGAUGGACCCUUGCUUUCGCGCGCAGCUGCUGCCACCAAGUACGAAGUACCUGCAACAAGCACGGACGAUAAUGCAACAAAACUUGUUGGCAAACUGAACCCCUCCCAUCCCUCCCCCAGUCCGCCGCGUGGCUUGACGUCUGGCCGCAUGUGCCCUCCGUCGGAUGGGUGUUUUAUCAUUCAUACCUUACCUUGCUAGUUACCUACCUUAUGCACUUAGUGCGGAUACAUAAGCCUAGGAGCGCUGGCUGCUGUUUGACGACCGUCGAGCGAUCCGCCUCGCCGCCCUGCCGUUCCCUGCCCUGCCCGACCGGGCUCCUGCAAACCCUCCGUCAGCUCUUUUCUUCUUCUUCGUGGCUUGUCGUGAAACGACACAUAAGACAGCCUUGCGUUGCCCGCGGAGGCCAUGCCCACCGCUCGCGCCGGCCAUGUCCAGCCCCAAACCGCCGUCUAGGGGCAGCACCGCAAAGUCGUCGCCCACGUCGGCCCAGCGCGCCUCGCCGCCUCCAAACAGGACCUCACCAACGCCCGCGCCCGAGGCUGACCCGUCCAGUCCGUCUCCGGAGCCCCCGAUCAACACGCAGAUCCCCUUUAAUGACCACGAUGACGAUGCCGACUCUGCUAUCGAUGACGACGGAAGCGUCUACUCUUCCACGGCCUCCCUCUCUGAGAGCAUCUUUGACUACCGUAGCAUCCACGGGCGCACAUUUCAAAAUUCCAAGACGACUGAGUACUGGGGCCCCAACGACGACCGGCAGAACAAUGGCCUUGACAUCGCCCACCACUUCAUGGUGAUGCUCAAGGGCGAUCGGCUCUUCGACGCCCCCGUCCACCGUCCCAAGCGCGUCCUCGACGUCGGCACCGGCACCGGCAUCUGGGCCAUCGACAUGGCCGACGCCUACCCGUCGGCCGAAAUCAUCGGCACCGACAUCUCGCCCAUUCAGCCUACCUGGGUGCCACCCAACUGCAUCUUUCACAUCGAGGAUGCCCAGCUAGAGUGGACCUACAACCCGGAGAGCUUCGACUUCGUCCACGUGCGCACCCUCUACGGCAGCAUCAGCGACUGGGCCGAGUUCUACCGCCAAGCUUUCCGCGCCCUCGAGCCUGGCGGCUGGUUCGAGGACUUUGAGAUCAACAUCCACCUACACAGCGACGUUCCCGAGGUGCGUGACGACCCGGAGCACAUCUUCAAGCGCUGGGCCAAGGUCUUUUGGGAGGGUGGUGACCGUAUCAACCGUACCCUGCGCAUCGCCAACAACGGCACCAUGCGCAAGCUCAUCCUCGAGGCUGGCUUCACCGGCGUUGUUGAGCGCACCUACCAAGUUCCCGUCGGCUCCUGGAGCAGCGACCCCAAGAUGAAGCAAAUUGGCACCUACAACCUCGCCUUCAUGGACGAGAGCCUCGAAGGCUUUGCGCUCUUUAUUCUCAAGGAGAUCAUGGGCUGGAAGUAUGAAGAGGUCCAGCUGUUUGUCAUGGAGAUGCGCAGGGCCAUCCGCAACCCCCGCAUCCGCCCUUACUAUCUCAUGACGAACGUUCAUGGCCAGAGACCAAUGUAAGAAGCUUUCUGGGCUUCCCCACAUCGCUGAACAGGGACAAGGAAUGUGCAUUAUCGCCACGUGGGAGGGAUGGCAGGGUGUCUUUUGAAAACGGCAUUUGCUUCAACAGCGGGGCACGCUGAGGCGGUUGCUUCUAUUGUUUGUGAGCGGCGGCGACGCACAUGUUAUUCGGGGGUGUCUUGGGCGGCGGCACGAGGAACGAGGGGCAGGCAAGGGCGAGUUCCCUAAAUGCCUGUGACCUUGUGCCGAUGCCACCAUAUCAAGCUUUUGCUUUGCGAGUAGCGGCACAUGUGCAACGGACGCAAGCUUCCUGACACGACACGACGAGACGAUCAAUCAAGGAGCCCCUGGAAAUUCCAGUCGCAAUGACUGUUGGGAGUUUUAAUAGUACUACUUGGGCUAUACAUCCUCAUUCGGCAUUAAUACAUCUCACGAGCGGCGGCACUCGGUUGCUCGAGCAUCCCUGGGUGCUCCCCUAGUAGUAGUACAGUCCGUCGCAACGAAUUUCAGUCGGCCAAUCUUGACAGCGUAAAUCGAGGAGCGAACAGCACGCCCUCUUUCACGAAACACAGCAACGCAG